GCUGAGAAGGUGUGUUCCGACAUCUGAUUUCUUGUGUCAAGAAACGACUCAAAGUUUAAAAGCCGUAACACUGUACUUGAUACUGUAUUGUUCCUUACACGUUAUACGGUUCUUCAUGGACAUAUUUCCUACUUUGGAUGGCAUUACGUUUUGAAACAGGACAUCACGUUCAUUUUUCUCUCAAGAAUGUUGACCGUAAACUCGCGGUAACCAAACCACCCUCACCUUGAAUAUGGAGGUCAUGGAGACCUCGAGGGCGAUCACCCAGAAUUCCUUCAUCCCCAUAGCAACAUUUGCAGGACUUGGUGCUAUCUACAGUGUCAUUCUGUUGUCAUUCAACUGUAAAUAUAAGGCUAUGAGACUGGCUAAGAUGUCCAGCCCCAACAUCAACCUGAUGAUACUGAUUGGGGCCGUCUUCCUCUACCUCAGCUGUAUUCUAUACGGGCUGGAGGCUGUCCAAGGAGAAACUUCCACUUCGGUCUCUACGUUCGCGUGUCGGGCCUGGGCGUGGAUCACCAGCUUAUCCUUCACACUCCUCUUCGGAUCCCUGUUCGCCAAAUCCUGGCGAGUCCAUCGAAUCUUCCGCUCAGCCGGAGUCAAACGGACGGUCAUCAGGGACGAGAAGCUGGUCGCCAUCGUGAUUGGUCUCAUGAUCAUUGACGUCAUCAUCCUGGGUAUUUGGCAGGGCAUCGACCCUCUCAGGAGUGUCAUCGUCUACUUCAACGAAAACAAUCAGAUGUCAUUUUCAUCAACUGCUUCUCCGGACUCAACCUCUGACCCACACUUCAUAUCUUCCCCAUCUUCUGGAAACGACGUCAUCGAGGUUCUCUCUCGUUCAACGUGCACAAGCCAGUAUCUUCCGAUCUGGUUCUUUGUCCUCCUCGUCUACAAAGGUGUACUCCUCUUCUACGGGACAUAUCUAUCCUGGGUCAUACGCCACGUGACCCUACCCUCCAUGAACGACUCCACGUGUAUCAUUAUAAGUUGUCACGUAACUACAAUCGUCAGUGCUGCAGCCGUUUCAUUGGCUGUCAUCUUCAAGGAGUGGCCAGAUGUUGUCUACACCAGUUUCAGUGCUGCCGUCUGGUUGUCCACCACCGUCACGCUGUCUGUUGAAUUUCUACCAAAGAUCCACCUGUGGAAGAAGAAGAAUGCAGAGGAAGACUCGCUGAAGGUGUCAAUCUCGUCCCAGGUGUAUUCCUCACCUGGGCAGACUUUUGAACAGCUGGAGGAGGAGAUGUACCACCUGGUGGCUGAGAAUAGAGCGCUCAAGAAAUCACUCGGCAUGAAGGAUGUGACAAUCAAGAAAUUGGAAGAUCACGUGUACAGUGCCAAGGACAAACUUUCACACCUCCUCGAAGGAAACGACAGCAAAGAAGACAGCGGCGUGCACAUUGCCAUGCCAACACCCAUACCACGUGAUCACCCUGACAACGAUUCUGGCCACGCAGGAGACGACAGCAAUGACAGUUUAGAGCCGCCAUCUUAUUCUCGCGGUGUGAACUGUAAGAAUAUCCAGAUUGUGCGAGAGUCGACGCCGGCGAGUCCGAAAAGUAGCGUCAAGAGUAUGAAGAUGAAACGAAGAGCGAGCUUACGCAGUUUAGGAAGCUGUGCCUCAGAAAGAUUCACCGAGUUGAGAGACGCUAUUGCAGUGGACUUGGAUCAUGCGAAAUAUAUCAGUGCCAAUCUUAGGAGCGCCAUCUGUAGUGACUUAGCUGAAGCUUCUUUUGGGUGUAGGAGCACCACUUAUCAGUAUGUUCAGUCAAAACAGGAUCUGUCUGGUGCGAUCGCCGGAAGCUAUGAUCUCGAUGAUAACUGUGACACUUAUUCGUACGUUAGUAACCACCUUCCACGGCGACCAGCGUCCGUCGCAAGUUCUUGUGGGGCAUCAUCAAUAGGGCGACACUCCCGUUGUUCAAGUUGUGAUAGCAUCUCCGCUCUUAGCAAUGAUAAAAUGUACCCUGGUAGUUGCCCAGGUUCCACACCAAGGACACACAGACGCACAUCACCAUGGCGACAAAGCAGAUCUAGGCGGGUCGGACGACGCCAUUCGUGGAAACGACGACCAAUCGAAAAAGUGUAUUCCAUCCAAGAACCACGUGAACCUUAUACGAAUCAAGUGGGUGUGGCGUUUAGAAGGGACCUUGCUGCUACCCCUGUGUGACUAUAGGUUGGUUUCAUCAAGGGUUGAUGAUGCUGGUGCUACAUUUUAAAUGUUUUUUGUGUGUACCUUUAGGGACGAGGUUGUUCCGUUUCGUUCCUGAGAUAGAUGGAUGAAGACAAUUUAUAGAAUGACCGCGACUACACGGGAGCUAGCUCCUUAUAUGUCGAUCCAGCGUUUUUGAUAAAGACGUUGUAUAGAAACUGCUGCCAUGUAAAUUAGCCUAACGUAUGCCAAAUGUGCCGAUAUUAGAUCAUUAAACUAAAUAUUACUUAGUAAAUCACUGUGUGUGUUUAUUUCAUUUUCCAGUUCCAUAUAUCUCUCGAUGUUGUAAAACAUCUCUCAAUAAUGUUUGUAUAUCGACAGA